UGUUUUUGACUUUAUUAAAGUGGUGUAUUAAUAAUUAUGAGCUGUGGCGAGGUUCAGAUGUAUCAAGCAUAUUAUCCAUAUUUAUAUCAACGUGCAGCAGCAGCGGGUGCAGCGGCUAGUGGUGGAUCUGUACCACCCCCAGCAGCUCAUCAUCGUCAUCAUACACACCCUCAUACACCAACUCCAUCAUCCAGUGGCCAUCAUCAUGGUUCAUUUGGUAGUCCUACAACAGGUAGCCCGUUUGCACCGGCUACGGCUCAUCAAUAUGAUAGGUUCAAUGUUCAAAGAUCAUUAUCGGAUAAUCCACAACCAUCAACAUCAUCACUAGGGUUACCUAGUGAUUUAUAUUUACAUUCGUCAGCUGCACACUUAUCGGCAGCGGCCACUUCAUCAACUUCUGUAGUACAAUCUAGUCUUCAUCAUCAUUCAGGAACAGUAAGUGGAAGUGGAAUAUUAGCACAUUCGGCAACAUCAGCAUCGGCAAGUCAUAGUAGUGCUGGAUCUGUUAGUUCUCCUGGCGGUGCUGGUCAAGGUGGUGGAGGUGGUGGUAAUACAACCAGUGGUAUUUCACCAGCUCCAAGUCCUAUACGUAGUGCGCCGUUGGGUCAACAUAAAGUUGAAGAAGACGUUUCACUGCAUGAAAGGUCUAGUACUGAAGGACCAGGCGUUGAUGAAGAUGAUGAUGAUUCAUGCCAAGGACUUGGAUCGUCUUGUACAUCGAGAGCACAAUACGUCUCAGCAAAUUGUGUCGUUUUUACACAUUAUACGGGAGACGCAGCUACAGUAGUUGAUCAACAUUUUUCUAGAGCAUUAGAUAAAAGUUCACCCUCGCAUGGAAAAGAUACUUCACCAAUGUCAGCUAGAAAUUUCCCACCGUCAUUUUGGAAUAGUCAUUACCAACCACCUCCCAGUGCCUCAGGUAGUCUGAGUCAUCACAUGAGCAGUGCUGAUUUAUAUUCAACGGAUCCAUACCAUCCAGCAGCAGUUCAUACGACUGGUGAUCCCUGGCACACACAUUACCAACAAUACACGGCGGCUGCAGCUCAUCAUCAUCACAGGGCUGUUCAUGAUUACCAUCACCAUCAUGGAACGGCGGCAGCCGCUAUGGCUCAUCAAGCAGCGGCAUACAGCGGAUUAUUAUUAGCCCCACCACCAUCGGCAAGACUGUCACAUCACCAUUUACAUCAAGCCGCAGCUGCUUCACAGUGUAAAGCGGGGCCUGGACCUGGUGAUUGGCAACACCACCAAACGUCACAUCUCGACACGGCAACAGCCGCUGCAUAUGCAGCCACAUACCCAACGAUGGCUGGGUUGGAAGCCCAAGUACAAGAGUCAUCAAAGGAUUUAUACUGGUUUUAAAUUUUAAUUAUUAUUUCGUACAGUGAUAUUUUAAUUUAUAUAGUGAC